AUGAAAAUUUAUACUAAUGACAACAAUACUGCAACCUUAAAACUAUUAAUAGCGGCUAAUUUGGCAAACAAAAAACUUCAAUUAUGCAGAGCUACUUUCGAAGACGGCAUUUUCACAGGGCCACAAGUGCUGCCAUUGCUGGAAGUGGAUGACCAGCUGACAUUCUUCUCUAGUAAUGCAGCUGCACAGUAUCUAUUUCCUGUAUUGGACUUAUCAGAAAAUGGACAGUGUCAGCAAAUGCAAGAAUGGGAAGCGACACGACUUCAACCAGCAAUAGCAGCAGUAGCUGGCGGUAAGGCUGUUGCUUCUGACUUGCGACAAGUGCUGCAAUCAUUACUGCAAAUGCUUGAUUCUUUACUCCAGAAGCACAAGUAUAUUCUUGGGGAGAAAUUGUCAGCAGCUGAUAUUUCAAUUUGGAGCACAUUGUACCCUUUGUACUAUGAAGAAUCUCUAAGACAAAACUACAUGGCUGAAUGUGGAAACUUAAUACGCUGGAUCAAUGAAUUAGCUGCUGCAAAAUCUAUUCAGGAAGCAGUCAAACAGUGGGGAGGUUCAGCAAAAGGGCCAUUUGGAGCAUCAUCAACGCUCGGUUUUCCCCAAAUUAGCAGCCUUGUCUCACCAAUUGGGUCUCCAGAUGAGGAUCUUGCAGCAGCCGGGGCUACUUCCGAGGAAGUAGAAGCUGCAAAGGAAGGUUGGAUAAAUGGUCUUAAAAAUAUGCAAACGCCACUGCCACAAGAAAAAAUAGUACUACCAGUAAAAGGUCGUAAAAACAUAUUGAUAACGUCCGCGUUACCCUAUGUUAAUAACGUACCACAUCUGGGCAAUAUCAUUGGAUGUGUACUAUCUGCUGACAUUUUUGCAAGGUACUGUCGGCUAUGCGAUUACAACACGUUAUAUAUAUGUGGAACGGAUGAGUACGGAACUGCAACGGAAACAAAGGCUUUGGAAGAAGGUAUUACACCCCGAGAGAUCUGUGACAAAUAUUUUGACAUCCACAAUGCUGUGUAUCGCUGGUUCGACAUUGGCUUCGAUUAUUUUGGAAGAACUAGCACGGCGGAGCAAACUGAAAUAGCACAGAAGCUGUUUCUCAAACUGAUGGACAAUGGAUUCGUUAGUACGCAGUCGGUUGAACAACUGUUUUGUGAAAAAUGCGAAAGAUUCUUGGCGGAUAGGUUUGUAGAGGGUGUGUGCCCACACCCGGGCUGUUUGUACGACAGCGCGCGCGGUGACCAAUGCGACAAGUGUGGGAAGCUCAUCAACGCCAUAGAACUCGUGGAACCGAGGUGCAAAGUGUGUUCGCAUAAACCUACCGUAAGGCCCAGUGAGCAGUUAUUCAUCGAGCUGGGACAGCUGGAGGGCGCGCUGCGCACGUGGGCGGGCGGCGCGGAGCGCGGCUGGUCGGCGCCGGCGCGCGCCGUCACGCGCGCCUGGCUGCGCGACUCGCUGCGCGCGCGCGCCGUCACGCGCGACCUCAAGUGGGGCGUGCCCGUGCCCAUACACAAGUACGCCAACAAGGUAUUCUACGUAUGGUUCGACGCCCCAAUCGGAUACCUGAGCAUAACGCAAUGUGCAACGAAACAAUACGAAAAAUGGUGGAAACCUGACAAAGAAUACGAUGUAAAACUGUACCAGUUCAUGGCGAAGGACAACGUUCCAUUCCACGUGAUUAUGUUCCCGGCGACCGUUAUCGGUGUAAACGAAGGUCACAAGCUCGUCGAUCACAUAUUUGCAACUGAAUACUUAAACUAUGAAGAGGGCAAGUUCUCUAAAUCGCGGGGUGUUGGUGUCUUCGGUACUGACGCACAGGAAACUGGCAUUCCUUCUGACGUGUGGCGAUUCUACCUGGCCAGUAUACGACCCGAAACCUCCGACUCUAGUUUUAGUUGGACUGAACUUGGCACCAGGAAUAACUCGGAGCUUCUUAACAAUCUUGGAAACUUCUGUCAUCGAUCCCUGAGCUUCUGUGCGAAUACAUUUAAAGGCAAAGUACCGGAAACAAAGCUUACUCAAGCUGACCUCGAGCUAAUUGCGUUGGUUAACAGGGAGGUUAUUGCGUAUGUACAAAACAUGGAAAAAGGCCGCCUCCGAGAGUCUCUAAGGCACGUAAUGUCGAUAUCACGUAUCGGUAACCAGCACAUGCAAUCUGAACAACCGUGGGUGUUGCUCAAAGGAUCAGAUGAGGAUAAAGAGCGAGGAGCAACAGCGAUAGGGUUGUGCUGCCAGCUCGUGGCCCUCUUGUGUGCGUUACUCGCUCCGUACAUGCCGCACACGUGUCGAAGACUGCGGGAACAACUCAAUUUGGAGGCAGUCGCACUAAGGAUCAAUCCACAGAAUCCAUCAUUAGUACAAUAUCUACCAACGGGACACGUCAUAGGUAAACCGGAGCCGUUGUUUGCUAAAAUAGAGCCAGAGCUCCUGGAUAAACUGCGUGCGAAGUACGCCGGCACGCAGAGCGAUAGAGCUAAGCAAAAUGGCGAUGUUAAGUCUCCUGCAUCUAAAGUUACCGUGGCAGAACUAGAAGCAGCAAUAACGGCGCAAGGUGAAAAAGUGAGGCAACUGAAAGCAUCUACAAAAGACAAAGCAGUGUGGCAACCUGAGGUGAAUAAGUUGCUCGAUCUAAAAAAGCAGUUAGAAGCAGCGCGAGCAACACCUGAAGUCACUUCAAAUGACAGUGUUGUCAGCUUAGAGAAAGCUGUAGCUGAACAGGGCGACAAAGUAAGAAAGUUAAAAGCUUCAACAAAAGAUAAGACCGUUUGGCAGCCAGAAGUCGACAAGUUGCUGCAGUUGAAAAAACAGUUGACAGCCGCCCAGGCACAGACCAACAAUGCACAGAGUGCAAACAGUGAUACAGAUAGUGUUGCUAGCUUAGAAAAAGCUAUUGCUGAACAGGGCGACAAAGUUAGAAAAUUAAAGGCAUCCACCAAAGACAAGGCUGUGUGGCAACCGGAAGUAAACAUUUUGUUGGAUCUCAAGAAACGCUUGUCGGCAGCACAAGCUAAAUAA